GCGUGUGCCGUGGUUUUUUCAUCCCGCGGUAACUUCCCCUCUUUUAAACUAGGAACACAGUGAGUACAUACCGGCCGGUGUCUUCGUGCUGGCUGGGGUUUAUAAUCAGCAGAAGCCACAAUUCAGACUCCAUACCCCUCUCUUCAGCAGACGACUUGCAGACGUGCCAGAGAGUUUUAAAAUUUUAAUAAGCUCUAGACGGACGGGCGGUUGUUUGAUCGUUUUUUCAAGCAGACAGAUACAAAGAAAAGAAAUUCGUGAGUCAACAUAAAUCGUCUUCAGAAGAAAGUGAAAGUGAAAACUUAACAAAAAUGGUUGACACAGCAGAAGCAGAGCAGCUGAUCAGGCAAGGGCUAGGCAAAAGGGUGGUUAGAGCAGAUGGUAAUGUCAAUGGCACUUCAACAAGUAAUGGCGACUCAGACAUGUUGUCAGAGGGUAUCCACGGUUACGAGCAACUCACUCAAAGUGCCCUCUCUCAGAGAGUGAAGAAGUUCAUCACCAUGACAGUGAUGCCAAUCUUUCUGAUUGCCUUUGUGCCCAAUCUGAUCAUCCUGAUCUGGUACACAGUCAUCCACUGUGAUGGCAGCUACCUCAAGAUGAUGUCUGUGUUCAGCAACAGGUCAAUCUUCCAUGGCCUGUGUGAUGUCUGGAGCUUGGCGCGCUACCCCUCGGCCCCAAUCAUCUGGACCCUCGUCGGGUACUGUAUCUAUGCCUUGGCUAUGAUGAAAAUUUUACCUGGGAAAAACGUCACCGGCCCCGUCACACCAAAGGGAAAUGUGCCUGUGUACAAGGACAAUGGGUUUUCAUUUUUUGUGAUUACAAUGGCCCUGUUUUGGAUCUUAACCGUAAUUCUGCAUCCAUUUGGAAUCUCACCUUCCAUUUUAUAUGACAGAUUUGAUGAAGUGAUUGUUGCUUUGAAUGCCUUUAGCAUUAUCUUCUGUGCUUUCCUCUACGUGAAGGGUAAAAUUGCUCCAUCUUCAACAGACUCAGGGUCAUCGGGUAACGUUAUCUUUGAUUACUACUGGGGUAUGGAGCUGUACCCAAGAGUGUUUGGGUUUGAUAUCAAAGUGUUCACCAACUGCAGGUUCGGCAUGAUGGUCUGGGUGUUGCUCGUCUGCGUACAUGCUGUUAAAAGUUACGAGCUUUAUGGGUUCGUUGACUCCAUGUUUGUCUCAGCGUUCCUCCAAGUUCUCUACCUCACUAAGUUCUUCUGGUGGGAGUCCGGGUACCUGCGCACCAUCGACAUCAUGCUGGACCGCGCUGGGUUCUACAUCUGCUGGGGGUGCCUGGUCUACGUGCCUGGACUGUACGCCUCAGUCACCUUCUACCUGGUCAGUCACCCAAUACACCUAGGACCAACUGUCACUGCUGUGUUUUUGUUCUGUGGAGCUUUGAGCAUUUACAUAAACUAUGCUGCUGACUCGCAGAAGCAGGAAGUCCGUGGGGCUAAUGGCGACUGCCUGAUAUGGGGUCGUAAGCCUGAUAUCAUUCGUGCCAAGUACCAACUGGAGAAUGGCGACGUGAAAGAAAGUAUUUUACUGGCGUCAGGCUGGUGGGGGCUGUCGCGACACUUCCACUACAUCCCUGAGAUUAUGCUGGCGUUCUUCUGGUCUGUCCCUGCUUUGUUUGACAAUGUACUGCCCUACUCAUACGUCAUCUGGCUCGUGAUUCUCCUCACACACCGCAGCUACCGGGAUGACACCAAAUGUGGGAAGAAGUACGGCUCAUUUUGGAAUCAGUAUUGUAAGAAAGUUCCACACAAGAUUGUACCCUAUUUAUUCUAAAUCUAGGUGCAAUAUUUUAUUUAACAUUUGGGUUGUUUAAUUUCUCUCUUAUCAUUUCAAAAACAAGUACUCACUUUUU